GGCAGACAUGGUGCCCCUGCUGUUGCUGCCCCUGCUGUGGGGGGGGUCCCUGCAGCAGCGAAGCUAUGUGCUCCGAGUGCAGCAAUCGGUGACUGUGCAGGAGGGUCUGUGUGUCCUCCUGCCCUGCUCCCUCUCCUAUCCUGGGAGUUCACGGUCUUUCUCUACCAAAUUCUACACCUACUGGUACCGGAACGGGGACAACACAAACCAUCCUGUGGCCUCGAACAACCCACGUUUACCAGGGAAGACAGAGACCAAAGGCCGCUUCCUCCUUGCUGACUUCAGGACCACCAACUGUUCCCUGCAAAUCAGAGACGCCAGGAGGAGUGACUCAGGACAUUACUUCCUCCAAGUGUCCAGAGGACAUCCUGGAUAUCUGAGCCAAGAUAGUAAAUACCCAAAAAAGAUGCUGCAUUUGCAGGUAACAGCCCUGACAGACAAACCCCACAUCCAUGUACGGGAGCCUCUGGAGUCCGGCCGCCCCACACAGCUGGCCUGCAGCCUGCCAGGGGCCUGCGAAGGGGGACGACCUCUCACCUUCUCCUGGGCGGGAGCCGCUGUGGACUCGCUGAACCCCCAGAUCCUCCGCUCCUCGGUGCUCACCUUCAGCCCGAGGCCCCAGGACCAUGGCACCAGCCUCACCUGUCAGGUGAAACGGGAAGGGUCUCGGUGGACCACACAGAGAACCAUCCGGCUCAAUGUCUCCUAUGCCCCUCGGAACCUCACCAUAGGUGUCUCCUUCAGAAACAACACAGAAACCUUUAAGAAUCUGCAAAACACAUCCCUUACCAUCCUGAAAGGCGAGGAUUUGAAGCUGUUCUGUGAGGCUGACAGCAACCCCCCUGCCGAGCUGAGCUGGUUCCGGGGGUCCCCAGGCCUGAACGCCACCCCCCUCUCCAGCUCCGCGAUCCUGGAGCUGCCUCGCGUGGGGCCUGCACAGGAAGGAGAAGGGGAGUUCACCUGCCGGGCUCAGCACCCGCUGGGCUCCCAGAGCGUCUCCUUCAGCCUCUCUGUGCAGAGCAGCCCGCACUCCAGCAGAGCUGUGACUGAGGAGCCCCUGGUCCUCACCCUGAUCAGAGGGGCCCUCAUGGGGGCUGGCUUCCUCCUCACCUACGUCCUCACCUGGCUCUACUACACCAGGUGUGGAGGCCCCCGGAACAGGAGGCAGAGCUCCUGAUGGAUCCUCCCUUCCUCUCAAGAUGGGACUGAGGUGUGGACACCAGGUUAGAGGGACCGUCCUGGGACGUCAACGUCACCUUCUCCCUGGAAGCUCUUGACUCACCUGCCUCCAAUGUGCCCCUGGGGUUUCAGUGUGUGGAAGUGACUGAGUGACCACAAGGGGAGUCAGUGCCAUGGAGAGAAGACUUUUACUCCUUUCACCUCCUGAGAGGAGGGGCUGCUGUGCCCGGAAGCCCGGGAUUUCCUCAGGAAGCAGAUGCAGGUGCAGGGCAGCCUAGCGAAGGCCUUGAUUGGGGUUCCCAUGGGAAACGCAAGGCAGGGCAGGGUGAGCAGUUCAGGACCAGCUGGUGUGUGUCAGUCUGGGGGAUGGGCCUGUGGGCGUGGUCUCGAUUUGUCUGGUCCCAGGUCCUGGGUGAUU